GUAAACUGAACUGCAAAAUUCAAACUUGUAAGUUGAUUGUAGUCUUGUAUUGGUGCUUUUUGCUACCUAUAUUGUUUAUUGUCAGUUAAUACUUACUCGGUGUUCAUUGUACGGUCUUCGUUUAAUUAUUAUUCUUCAUAAAUACUUCAGCAGCUUCGUACUAAUUCGUUGAGCAGAAUAAUGGAUUCGUACGGCCAAGGAAAUCGAACGAAUCAGUGCAAUCCCAAUCAUGCACCAUCAGGCCCCGGCCACAAUGCGUCCUAUGGCGGCGAUACGGGUCGCUCCGCAAUGAACAAUCAUUCUAAUCAAAUGAACCCCAAUAAUGCUCAAUACGGAGGGGGUCGAAGCGGCGGCGGCGGCGGCGGCGGCGGAGGAAAAAGCGGCGGCGGUGGAGGCGGUCGAAGUGGUGGUGGUGGCGGCGGCGGCGGAAAAGGUGGCGGAGGUGGAAGACGUUGAACCUUUUUCAAAAUUUUGAGAUAGAAAUGAUUUUGACUUUUCUGAAAUGUAUGUAGUACUGAAAUAGAUUUGUGAAACUACAA